AUGAGCUCAGAAGAGCAUACAGGGGGUGAUAAGAGUAAAACAUCACCCGGAUCGUUUGCAGCUGAUGAGACUGAAUUUAGGAACGGUGAGAAAGACCUUGGAGUAUCUCCUGUAAGAAAUCUUCCAUGUUUAGAAGAUCAGUCGACAGCAUUGGAAUCCCAAUCAGACAGACAAACAGAUGCUGACAUGGAUGGUGCAGAAUGUUCCACUCCGACAUUGACAAUAAAGUCAGAAUCGAAAUCACUCUUGACAAUUGAUACGUUGCCAAAGAAUGCAAUAGUCACAGACGAAGGUUUAUUACAGUUAUCAUCGACAGUUGGAAACAAUUCCAACCUUAUAAACCUGGGUAUUCGUCUUGGAUUCUCCUACCAGGAGGCACGUGAAUAUAAACAGACGAAUUAUACUGGUGGAGAAGUGGGCCAUCAAGGAACAACCAAGAUGCUAUUCGAGUGGAAGAUGAAACACAUGGGAUACAUUCGAGACCUUUACGCAGCCUUAGAGAAGUCAGCAUUGGCCGCUGUUGCUGAAGUGGUCCUCUUACAAGAAGAAGGUUCCUAUACUUAUCCGGAAGUACCCUUAUCUGGCAGUGAGGACUCUUUCAUCACGAUGUUUAAAGAGGAAUUGACACAGUACUACCUUGACGACUACUGCUGCGUGAAAACAGACCCAUGGGAUGAAAGAGAGUUCAAGCUCAACCAAUACUUCAUCAACAUGGCGCUAUGUCAGGAAAACACUAGCACAGGUAAAGUCACAAAGAUUCCUCUCAAAGGAGGACACAACGAUCUAUUUGAUCUGAAGGUCAAUGAGCGGUUACGCAAUCGUAUCCUUGUCUUUGGUGAGGGAGGCAUGGGGAAAACCACAUUGUGUAAAAAGCUAGCCUACGACUGGGCAACCAAAAAAGAGCAAUCGCCACUUCGGAAUAUCCCCAUCGUUUGCGCUCUGGAAUUUCAAAAGCUACAGGAAUCGGACAAUGUAGCCGAUGCCAUCCACAAUCAACUCCUGUGCAAGGACAGUGACAUCACUCCUAACAAGAUUAGGCAGUUCAUCAAGGCCAAUCCGAAAAAGAUUGCAAUUGUGCUUGAUGGCUAUGACGAGUUUGAUCCUAAUAGUCACAAGGGCGACAUCAAUGACUUGCUGUCUUGCAAGAUCAUGUACCAGGUGGUAACAUUAAUCACCACACGUCCAUGGCAUGCUUGUUUGUUGCGGCAGAAGACACAGAUGUAUGCUCAAGUCAGUCUCGACGGCUUUGAUGCCGAUGGAAUCAAAGCCUAUGUCAGUCAAUACUUUGAAGAUGAACCAGUAGCAAACAGGUGCUAUGAGAGCAUUCUGGCAAAUGGAAUCAUGCUACAACUCUCAAGAACGCCGAUCCUACUCUCAAUGAUUUGUUAUCUGAAUAAGGUUUGUUCUGAAGACAUUGAUCAUCUCGACACCCUAAACUCUCUCUUUGCCAAGUUCCUCCGGGCUCUCUUUGUCAAUAACAUUGACAGAGUUGGCGAAACACAGCGACCACUCUAUCAUGAAAUGAUCACAGAAGUUAUCGAUAUGGCUGAGCUUGAAGAGUUUUGGGACAAUCUUGGUGAAAUAGCACUGAGAGGGGUGUUGGUCCCAGGAAAGAAAUUGAUGUUUUCAAUGGAAGUCUUUCAAGGGAGAGAGUACAUCGGUGAAGUAGGAUUGAAAUUGGGAAUCCUCGUCCAGCAGAAAUUAAAAGUAACACGAGAUAACGUGUUUGAAUCGAUGAAGAUUGUCUACUCCUUUCCGCACCUUCUCUUCCAAGAAAAGUGUGCAGGUGAUUUCUUAGCGGCUCAUUCUGACGUCUUAGACUCAACUUUGCAAGGCGUAGACGGUGUUGGAGAGGCUAUUUCUUUACAGUAUGCUCUGGCUUUUACUUGUGGAAGAAGAUUACGAGAAGAGAAUUGUCAGAGCCGUUUGCGUUCAAAGAAAAUCAUCCAGCGUCUAUCAGAGAUGCAAGACAUUUCUGGAGAUACCACAUUGUUCUUGUCUGAGACAGAACAUCUUGGCAACAUCAUUCCAGACUUUUUGGACGACAUGCUCGCCAUAAAGUCGUACCAUUUCGCAAGAUCCCUCUUUCUGCUCAGCAUAGUACUUAAUCAUGAAAGUCAAGCUGGUUCCGAGCUUAUUGAGGAAAUCACUAGCCUAGACAAAGACCGUCCUGUUCAUUCUCCUGAUCAGGACUAUGACGGAAGACUCUGUGAUUGUCUUCUUUAUUUCUUGAAGUCUGCCUCCUUGAACAACUGUCAUCUACAGCCCUGUGGCUCAUUAACGUUGACCAACAGCAUAAACAAGAUACAAUUGUUUGAUUUCUUGUCGAUGGCAAUGAAGGUGUUCACAGAAUUACGGGAUAUAUCCGUGAUGAAAUACUCUGCCGACUUUAGCCUCCCAAGAGGGUACACGGAUGAUGGAAAUAGUCCAUCUAAAUAUACAAUGCUUCAGGAACUUCAUCUGAGUUAUGGUCUAGAGCCUAUAAAUCUCUCAGAACUACUGAAUCUCAUGGUUGGGUUGAAUUUCGAUGCGCUAGCGUUGAGUAUUUCAAACUGUCAGAUGGAUAUGAUCUCUCAUGCUUCCCAAAUUUCACAUUCAAUGAAUCCUGGUUUUCGACAGUACACUGGCAUAAGAAAGAUCGAGCUUACCAGCAUUGAAACUCCUGUUGAAAUGACUUAUCUUCUGGAGACCGCUGCAAGGUUUUGUCCGAUGUUGAUGGACUUAAACCUAAAUUUUAUGACACUGAAUAUGCCAACCUGUGCUUCAUUAGAGGAUUGGCCCAUUGCUUUUCUUGGAAAGACGUCUCUCAAAAGGCUUAAUAUCGGGUACACAGACAAGCCUAUCCAAGCCAUGGACCUCAUAAAGGUCCUUUCAUUGUAUUGCACCUGCCUAAAGAGGUGCUAUCUGACUGAUGUUGAGGUGGAAAUACGUUCUCCAAUGGACAUAGAGUUCGUUGACUUUGCUGAGAAGUUAGCCGUAGAGGAGUUUGAGCUGAAUAAUUUGCAUUCCACCGUGAACUUCGCUGAUAUUAUGUGCCUUGUGGGAAAGACAUGUUCAGGAGUGAAGUUGAUAUCCCUCAACAGAUUCAAGUUGUCAAUCCCAAACUUGGUCGAAAUAAGAAAAAUUGGUUUGUGUGAAAACCCAGAGCUUGAAGAUAUCCGCAUCCGAAUGACAAAAAGUGCCUCUACUACCCCACUUAGUGAUCAAGGUGGAGAAUCAACUGGUGGUGUGAGUGAUUCUCCACAGGAUCAAAUUUCGGCAAGUGCUUCUGCAAAGAAGUUUGACAGUCCUGACGAUGAGAUCAAGACAGGAGUAAAGACAGAUAAGAGGGAUUCACUUUCAAUGCAUGGAGAUGCAUACCUUGCCGUAGGUGGUCAUAGCUUACCUUCUAUCACAUAUCAAAGUAAUAUGAUGGCUCGUGAUUGUGCUGAUGAGAGGAGACUCUCCUCUUUUGAUAACAGGACCCAUAUCCCUUUGGAAACUUCCUCCAAACUCAGCACUAAUGUCAUAUCGGCAAGUAGAACUAUUUCUAAACCCAUGGAUGUGAGUUGUGACACUCCUAAUCUCCAUCAGCACACCCAUUCCGCAACAGAGAACAGGGUGCAGGUAAACACGUCACAAGUGCGUGGAAACGUCAUCCCGAAUGCAAAUGAAAUCAAAAGAUUACUGAAACAUUUCUCUCCUGAUGUCAUGCCUGAGAGUGGAUCACUACCAACAACAGACAAAGAGGUUUCGCUCAUAUUUUUGAAUAAGAACAUACCCAAAGACUGGUUUUCUCUGUUAGAUUUGCUAGCUCUCACAGCUGCAGCCAGCUCAAAUCUGAAGAGAUUGCGACUACUCGACGUGAAUGUCGAAAUACCAUCCCUCUCUCUAUUAAAGAGCUAUCCUUUCAGAGUAGGGAUCAAGCAUCUCAUUAUGGCAAAGACCAGAUUUCGUAAUGCUUCACUGGUGCAGGUUCUGAACGUUGUUGCUGCUGUGUGUCCAAAUUUGCAAUUGUUGGGUCUGUCUGAUUGGCUAGAAGAAAUAGGUCCAAAUAUUAACGUCGACUACAAUUCACCUUGUAAUUUAAACUUGACAGAGAUAAGAGUAGAGUUUCUCCACAACUCUGUUUCAUUGCAUGGUAUGUUGUCUCUAACUUCUGCCAUCUGUCCAAGUUUGAGAAUUCUUUCCAUUGCCAAUAUAAAAGGAUCAAUGUCCAGGCCAUCAGAAGAAUCUACCCAAAGCAGAAAAUGCCAUACACCACCACCAAGAUUUCAACUUAGUUUGAUACGAUGCUGGAGUCCCAUCAGUAUACCCGAGUUGCUGUCUUUAAUGAGGAGAUUCUACCAAGGUGCUAUUCUGAAGGUAGCACUAUGGGACUGCCAAUUAGCCAUUCCUCCAGAAAGGAGUGACUAUUCCUGGUAUUCGGAAAGACAUCAUUAUCAAGUGCACUUGACGAAAUGUAGAGCACGUCUUGUUGGAAUGACUGUCCAGAACACCAUGUCUAAAACCUGUCCUUUCUUUGACCGGGUUGUAAAUGAUGAUGACGAUGAGUUGUUGAAAUAUCAGACUCCUGGUCAAACCAACCUCUUUGAUGAGGCUUCAUUCUUUGAUGAUAGACGGCGACUCAUGCAUUAUGCAUUUCUCCAGCAUGAAAUUGAUGCAAUCGAAUCUCCUAGUUCUCCUAGAGAUGUGUACUAAGUCACAGGUGCAGAGAAUGUAGGCCUACAUAUAUGCAAACUCCUAUAAACUUUAUGGGGAUACUACUAAAAAUGUUACAUUGGUUUUCAGAAGGUGGAUUCAGAUAAUUUCUGCCCUCUGAUAGAAAAAGAUUCCUGUUUGCCAAUGGCUCAUGACUCCCAUGGGAGCUAACCACGAGGUCCACAAGUUCACAGGUCUUUAGAAGGUACCAGGACUGUGGACGCUAUUUAACAGAUCUGUAAAACCCGGCCUCCCCAGUCUGUUCAAAUAAAUUCAGCUAUACUUCAGUUGCUAUUUUGUGAGUCUCUGCCCCCCCCCCCCCACCGGAUCUGGCAGUGUACUUGGACAAAACCCUUUGCCAUCAUUAAUAACUCAAUGCAUGGGCUAUGCGAACUAGCUUUUAUCUUUUGUAAAAGACAGGAGAAUUGACAAACCUGAAAUGUAAGAGAAAAUGAUCCUUUUGCUUUAACACUGACAUGCCACAUAGAUACAUGAUCUUUGUACAAGUAAUAUAUUUCUAAUUCUUUUUUUCAGAUUACCAUUUUUUGUGAAAUACAAAAUGAUGUAAAUUAGCUUACAAACAAUCAAGUUAUCAAAUUGUAGAUAUACUGCAUAUUUCUCUUUUUACAAAUGAUUCCAGACAUUCUUGAAGUAUGGAAAUGAAAUGUAAGAAAUUAUGUUAGUGUAGAUAUUCAUUAAUUGUACUUCUUUAAAAUAUUGUGUAGAAUACUAUUGUUUAUAGCUUCAGUGUAUAUUAUAUUGUCAAGAAGCAUACAAGCAAUUUCAUUCCUAUAAAAAAUUUGGCAAAUUGUGGCAUUAGCUACAGGCUGGCUCCAGGGCCCUGGGAACAUUUGUUUAAAGUGGGGUGCUGAUGUA